GCUAUUAUGGGUCAUGGGUGACACUAAAAGGGAGAACAGCGGGUGACAAGCAAGAUGGCUAAACAUAACCUCUGAUAUUUCACUCGUUCAAGCUGUUCCAUCACUAUCUCGAAGUUUAGUCUUUGACACUGAGCAACUGGAUAAGAACAAAGAUUUAAAUCCAACAACGGAGCAGACUCAGGGGGGACUUUACUUGAAAGUAUGGGGGCUCUUAUGCGGUGUUACUCUCACAUGUUACAGAGACAUCAGCUAGCUACAAACAUGGUUACUAGCGGCUGUGUUUUCUUUUGUGGAGAUGUACUGGCUCAGCAGGCUAUAGAGAAGAAGGGAGGGAGGCAUGAAGUUGAACGCACCUGUAGAUCUACAUUCCUAGGCUCUUGUUACAUAGCUCCUGUUAUUACUCUGGUGUACAAUCUCGCUGAUAAGGUAUUCGGUAAAUCUCAGACCCCUCUGAACUCGAUAAAGAAAAUUGGUCUCAUCAGCUGCUUCAGUCCCUUUACUGCUACUCUAUUUGUUACAUUCAACAACAUCCUCCAGGCUAAAUCUUCAGACUACAUCAUUCAUUACAUCAAACAGGAGGCUCCCUUCAUAAUCCUAACAAACUACAAGAUCUGGAUACCAACUCACUUCGUCCUCCUUACCUUCAUACCUCUUAGUCACAGAGUGCUGGUGAGUAAUAUGGUGGGCGUGCUGUGGACUACUUAUCUGACUCAUGUCGCUAAUAGGGGGGUCGCUAGGGAGGAGAGGGACGUUAAGAGGGACCUUUCCUUAGUUAGUUUGGAGGAUAAUUUACAUUCGUCUUGAAGAAGAGGAUCUUAGAUUUAGUUGAACCAGGAUUUUAAAGUUCCAGUGUUGACGAAAAAAACCUUGAAGCUGUUUUAUUAAGCUUUAUUUGGGAAAAAUUAACUUUUAUUGUUGUUGAAUAAUAUUUGUGUAUAUUUUAAGUUAGUAUCACCUUCAAUAAUAUUUUAUACAUUUAACAUCACUUAGUGAUCAGGGUCUCAGUUUGAGACCCUUUUUAUAUUUAGUAAUUUAUUUGCAAUCAUAAAUCUCAUUUGUGACCCAGAUAGAUUCAUGUAUGUGAUCAUUCUAAAUAGCAUUAUUGUAUAAUGUGUCCCCGAUAUCUGAAUGUGACCCAGAUAUCGAAUAAUGAUCCAGAUAUGUUUUAUGUUGUUGAUUUUUUCAAGCAUAGUUCGACGAGUUUAUAUCUUUUAAAUUGUAAAGCCAUUUCAAAAUUCAAAAUUCGUAUCUUG